UUUGGCUCAUAAAGCAUGCAGAGGGGUCAUCGUGUGUUUGAUAAACUCUGCAUAGGUGUGGACGGCCAACGGAGGGAGGAGACCGGGAACAGGACCAUUCCCAUUAUAGGAAAUGUGUGGUCAAAGGUGUUUAUAAACCCUUCCCCAAGUUUACACCCAGUACACAAUCGUUUCUAUUCUCUUGUAGCACAACUGCAAAGAGGAAACGUCUGGUCAGGAUCUGCAGCAUUAUUGGGCUUCACUGGAAGACUUUACAAGAAAUGGGGUGUGAAAUCAGCCGGACAGCCUGAAAUAAUUCAGCAUUAUCAUCUGUCUCCUGCACCCAUGUACAGCAGCGGCUAUUCCCAGGUCUCCAAGCACAGCCCACAGGCUAAAAAAACGAUGCAGUACCGCUCCAGCAGCAAGAGUUGCGGCUACUACAUGCGCAUCGUCUUCUUCUUCUCCUCGCUCAUUCAGUCUCUUAUCAUAGUUAGCCUCGUGCUCUUUCUUGUCUAUGGUAAGACGCAGGACUCUGCAUGCCAAGAACGCACCCAGGACCUGGAGGAGCGCUUCAGUCAGCUAUCCUUGGAGAAUGUGGCUCUCAAGAAGCAGAGGACAAACUUGACCAAUUUCCUCAAUGUCACCCUGACUGCGAAGGCUCGGAUGGACUCUGACCUGGCAUUACUGCGUCAGUACACCAAUAUGUCAAUUCUGUAUUUCCACGAAUGCGAACAGAAGCUGCUACAGUUCAAUACUGACCUGCUCUCAUGCAGACUCUUACGAUCGUCCCCAUGCCCCAUGCCAAGUGCUACAAAUCUUAAUACUUGUAACUGUGGGGCGAUGGUCGAACAACUGAAAGCUAGGUUUCAGCUUGUGAAUUCCAACUUCACCCAGUCAGUGCAAGCCAUGAAGAUGGAAAUGGAGGAGAUUGCCAAAGAAAGGGACAACCUCAACUUGGAGACCAUAAAGCUGAGGAGGGAUAUCGCCACAAAAGAAAAGCAGAUACAGAUCUACGAGAAAACAUCCAAAGAUGAGUUUUCCCAGUCCUUGGGUUCGGUCUACAAUGUUUCCAGGGCUUUUCUGCACAAGAUCGAUUCGCUCUUCCCUGCACACAUUGCCUUCCAGCUCACCUGUCCAAAACAGAGGGAACACCUGGAACAGAUCCGCUCCAACUGCACCAACCUGUCCAGAGAGGUCGAAGACAAGCUCCAGCGUUACAUGGACACCGUGGGAAAUCAUGUGGCAGGCAUUCAGAAUGAGAACAUCCGCUUGAAGGCUGAAAACUGGCGAUUCUCUGAAGACUACCGCUCGUGCAGGCAGGAGCACGCAGGCAUGGUUGAGCAACACAAACAGAACCUAGACAAACUUCAGCAGAAGCACGAUCUGGACCAGGAGAGACUCCUGAAGGAAAAGAAGAAGCUAAGCGGAGAGAAAGAGGUCUUAGAAAGCACCGUCAAUUAUAACGCUAAAGCGAUUGAGAGCCUUAUGCAGCAAAUCGAAAUUCUCAACAAGUCCAGGACAGGGUUUGGAGUUACUGGAGCCCUGGGCCAUCAGCCAGGCAUACCAGUACAGAAUCGCUGGGCUAGUUCUUACUCUCCAAGCUCUACCAGUUUCGGUCAGCAGGGUAAGACAGGGUCAACUGGACUGUUAGGCCAAGGUUCUAGCUCACUUGGAUCAUUCAAUAAACCUGCAUCAACUCUACUGGGUGCAACUGGAGCAACCUCCUCAAAUACACCCUUGUCCACUGGGUCAAGAGUCAGCUCUCCUGGGUCAGGAAUCAACAAUCCAAAUCUUAGCUCAGGUGGAAUAGGCUCAAAUAACCCAUUACUGAGUGGGAGAGGGUCUUCAUCCAUCGGGUCUUCCUCUGGGUCAUCAGUGUUGACUCCUAACCUUAGCUCAAAUCCGUUUUCCUCGAAUAAGCAAACAUCAAAUACAAGAAGCUCUGGCUUUGGAUUAGGUUCAUCCUCCUCCUCUUCCUCCUCCUCCUCCUCCUCCUCCUCCUCAUCAUCAUCAUCAUCAUCAUCAUCAACAAGUAAAACUACCUUUCCUUGGUUUGGGAGCAGUAACUCAGGUCAAAGUAAGACACCAAGUGUACCAGGGAGAGGAACAUCAAGUGGUACCAGUACUGGAGCUGGAUCGCCAUUUGGUGCAGGAAAACCCAAUGGAAUGACAGGCAACAUUGCUCAGCACAUACAAAAUCUACAACGCCUGAUCAACCCGCCUGGCCCACAGGAGAAACAAGAAAUCUCCAGAAUACUGGGUUAACCGUAUCAUUUUUAUAAUCUGUUGUUAUCUGUUACACAUGGCUUCUCAUAUUGAGUUCUCAUAUUGUCUAUACAUAAAAGUACUGUAUAACACGCUCUGCUUCCGACAGGUAAUGUUUCAGUAUGCAUGUAUGAAAUCCAUUCCAAUAACUUGCACUUUUACAUUUAAAAUGUGAAGCUUUGUCAUGCGUGUAUGAAUAAUGGCAUGUAGUAUUUAGUAUAUAGUAUUUUUACACUGUAAAUACAAAGAUAAAAAUAAAGGUUUUGUUUAAGCCUAAGUAUGUAAA